CACUUUUAAAUGCGUACUACUUGGAUCAUAACAAUCUCAUUUCUUACACCAUUUUCCUCCAAAUGAAGAUCAACAAUUUUAUAUUUUUUUCACUUUCUUUGGUCUUGAUACUAGGAGUUGUGGAAAGCUUCAAUUACCAUGAGCAAGAACUCGAAUCGGAGGAGGGAUUCCAAGGGUUGUACGACAGGUGGCGAGAACACCACAAAGUGACCGAUAGAAGCCCCCAACGGUUCAAUGUAUUCAAGCACAACGUACGAAAUAUUCACAAGAAAAACAAGAUGAACCUGGGAUACAAGUUGCAAAUAAACGAGUUUGCUACCAUGACUCACCAUGAGUUUAGGAAAACCCAUGCCGACUCGAAGGGUGGCCACUUCAUUGCUCUUCACGGGAUUCGUAAGACCAACUUGAGUUCCAGUUAUAAUGAUAUCGAUAUAAACGCUAUUCCACCGAGGAUGGAUUGGAGGGAACAUAACGCUGUCACCCCUAUGAAAAAUCAAGGACAGUGCGGAAGUUGUUUCGCAUUUGCUGCGGUGGGUGCAAUUGAAGGAAUAAACGCCAUCAGAACAGGUCAACUCUUAUCAUUAUCAGAACAACAACUUCUUGAUUGUGAUUCGAGCGACAGAACCUUCCAUUGCGACGGAGGGCAGGUCUGUGGCGUAUUUACUUUCGUCAAAGAGCAUGGAGGUAUAGCUACAGAUGAGUUCUACCCUUAUGUAGGUAAAAGGGAAAUAUGCGAUACAUCUAAGUAUGGUCAUCACUCGGUAACUGUUGAUGGAACCGAGUAUUUGCCAGAACACGAUGAAGAAGCGCUAUUGAAAGCAGUGGCACAUCAGCCUGUAACUUUUCAAAUGGAUCCUGGCGGUGACGGUUUCAUGUUCUACAAAGAGGGAAUUUAUAGUGGACCAUGUGGAAUGGAGCUGAUGCACGCGAUGUUGAUAGUUGGAUACGAUCAGGAUCCUGACGGAACCAAGUACUGGAUUGUUAAGAACUCGUGGGGCGAAGGAUGGGGAGAGAAGGGAUACAUUCGUAUGCUACGCGGUACGGAGAUCCAAGGGGUUUGCAACAUGUAUGGGCAUUGUAAUUUCCCUCUUAAAUCUCCCGAAACUAAAAAUGUUGAACUCUAGAUUACAAUUUUAAUUAUGUUCACUCUUCAUUUUAUAUGUAACCAUCCGAGAGAGAAAACAUAUGUCUAAUGAGAUUUUUUUG